AUCGUACGAAGUAGUAAAACAUAUGUUCGUAUGUACUCAAACAUUAGAUUAAAAAAAACGAUUUUUUUCUAUAGCGUCAACAAACAGUGCGAGUACAAACAAAAAAAUUCGUUAUAUUUAUGAGUAGAUUGGUGAUUUGAAUUCAGAACGUUUUUUGCUGUUUUCAAGACAAAUUAAAAGAAACAACUAAUCUAACAACAUGUCUUUGGAUGAACAAUUUAAUGCUGCCGCUGAACGCGUCAAGACCUUAACCAAACGUCCCACCGAUGAAGAAUUCUUGGAAUUGUACGCUCUCUUCAAGCAAGCCACCGUUGGUGACAAUAACACCAGCAAACCCGGUUUAUUGGAUUUGAAAGGUAAAGCCAAGUGGGAAUCGUGGAACAAACAAAAGGGCAAAUCCCAAGAAGAUGCCAAAAAAGAAUAUGUUGCUUUUGUUGAAAAACUUGUAGCUCAAUACGCUUAAGUAGUUGUAAAAUUUUGUCGCUUUAAUAAUUAUUGUAUCGUUUUGUAUAUUUUUUUAUAUAAUGUAAUUUCUAUUUAAAUAAAAACAUUUAAACUCCAUUUAGUUAAGUGUU